AUGAACACAUCGAAGAGCAAGAAGAAGCAAGAAGAAGUUGGUACAAGGUUUCUUGGGGUAAGAAGAAGGCCUUGGGGAAGAUACGCAGCUGAGAUAAGAAACCCAACUACAAAGGAGCGUCACUGGCUUGGCACUUUUGAUACAGCCGAGGAAGCUGCUUUGGCCUACGAUAGAGCAGCUCGGUCCAUGCGUGGCACUGGUGCUCGAACCAACUUUGUCUACUCAGACAUGCCUCCUUCCUCCUCCGUCACCUCCAUUGUUUCUCCAGACGAUCCUCCUCCUCCUCCUGUUGCUCCUCCUACUUGUUCAGACGAUCAUGUCGAUUACAUGACGAUGUUUAACCAAUAUUCAUCCACAGACUCUCAAAUGCGGCAGCCUGAAUACUCUGACCAAGUGGAGUACAGUGGUUACAUGUUUGGUGAUUCUAACAGCACCUGCGAGUUGCCUCCUCUGCCGAGUGAUUUGUCAAGUUCUUGUUACAGCCAACAACCAUGGAACGUGGAAGACUUCUCCUCAGCUAACUAUUUCGAGGGUGAGUACGUCCACAGCCCUAUGUUCAGUAGAAUGCCUUCGGUUUCUGACUCUCUGCCUCAUGGUUUCAACUACUUCGGGUCAUAUAUAUAA